AUGCCCAACCAAGAACUGGGGCACACCACUGCAGAGAAACAGAAGCCAUCUCCACUGCAGUUCCUGGCAGACUUUCGAAAUGCGAUUAAUAUUGAGAAGAGGCUGGCAAAGGCAGGAUCGAAAACCAAUCUCAAAGACCUUCUGGCGAAGGUGGUCGCAGAGUACAACCGUUUGACAUUGGAUUCCGACCUGAAUGCAGUCAUGAAAGCUGCCGACUCUGACUUCGACUGGAAACGGAUUAGCUUUGUGCUGGAGGUGCAGUUUGCAUACUGUAGCAGGGUGGCUGAUGAAUGGAAUGUCAUUCUUGGAACAAGACUUUGGCUGGAAGGGAGUGAGAAGUCAAUGGCAAAGAAGCGGGCAAAACUUGUCAAGCAGCUGGAGGAAUGCCACAACAAGGCUUGGGAUAUUGUCAACAAUUUCAUGGUGAACAAUGUCCAAAUGUUUUGUGGCACGGCUCUCAAUGGUAUCUCUACUAUAAUGCCAGAAGUUUCCUCCUGGGUGACUAGCACACUGAACGAUGUGGCAGAAGUUCGGGACAGCAGUGACCACUUGGUGGUCCUCUGGGCCAACUUGCCCACUUGUGGCAUCAUUUCAGCUGCUAAGCUGGAUUUUGUGAUCUCAUUCCUCACAAACCAGCUGGAGAAGCACAAACGGAAUGGGGCGGCAUUGAUCAUCCACCCAAAUCGAGCUGCGCAAGCCCAUGCUGCCAAGACCAGGGAAUCUGUGUAUGGAAAACGUGAUGGAGCCUUGCAGGGUCUGGCACUGAUAUACAAGGACAAGGGGAAUGCGGUGAGGUUCACUCCUGGUUGGAAAACUGGGGUCAUCAGGGAAGUCGAGAUGCUGGCCCGUUCUGACAUGUUCAAACCAGAUGCUUCCAUGGGAGGGCGCCCUCAUUUGGGACGAGCCUUUACCGACAUCCAGGAGAUGAAGCAGGAGAUUGCAGAUGGGAACCGAAUGAUGUGUGGCAGUAUGAUGGUUGAUGGCCAGUCAGACUCACUGGUCACCCGUGUUGCCAAUGAAGUUUACAACUCUUGUCGGAACCACACCCUGGAUUUGCCCAACUUCCCACAGUUCGAUCCCAUUCUUGAUGCAUUGAAACAAGGGUCUGAUGAUGUUCAACAGAAGCCUUUUCAAGUUUGCCGUCACGUUGGGGGUUCUUUAGUUGUCCUCCAAGCCUAUGCACAGAAGUGGUUGGACUUGGAACAGACCCAGUGCCGGGCCCAUGACAUUGUGUCCAAGCACAAUGAGAAGUACAACCCCGAUGGUGUGUUUGUUGCAACCGAAAGGACAGAAGAAGAUGAUGGCAACGAGCGUCCUGCCAAACGCAUCAAGGAAGCCUCGGAAUGUAUGCAGGACAGUGCAGGGCGGUGGUUUCCGUUCCGGGUCAAACUUGACACAGUUUUUGUGCUUGAGAAAAAGAACCUACCAGAGCAUGUGGGAAAACUAGAUGUUGUUGAGCAGCCCACCACCUUUGCUCAUCUACUCCGUGCUUUGGAAGUGAACCUGGGCUUGAGUCACCACAAGCUGUCGCCAGGGGCACCUGUCUCUGUGGAAUCUGAGAAACCCAUCAUUUUCUUGAUGGACGACCCCAAAGAUGACCCUGAAGUGGAAGAAGAGAAACCCAAGAAAAAGAAAAAAAAUAAGAGAAACUCCAAGGGUGCCAAGAGCAAGGAUAUCACCUUCAAAAACUUCGGGGCAGGUGUAUCUGUCAGCACGCUCAAACAGGGUUCAAAGUUGGAGAUUGCCUGGCGUGCCAGGCCGGUGGCAGUCCUGGCUGGAGCCCUUGCAAUUGGAGAGCAAACUGUCCGACUCCUGGACCACCACCUACCACCGAGACCAACGUCUUCAGAAGAGUCAUCCCCUGCAGAUAAGGAGAAAAAUCAGACGGGUCAGAAACAGCCAAAGAAACCCAGAAAGGAGACCAAGCAGAGCAAAAAAAAGACCAAGAAACAAUUUGAAGAAGAAGAGGAAGACGAUGAAGAUGUAGAUGCAGACCACCAGCAUGUACUAGAUGAAGAAGAUGAUGAUGACGGUGACUUAGAUGGCCUAGGAGACCUGUUAGGCCAGUCCCUAAACAUCGUUCACUGCCAUCUCAACCCUCUCUCAGGACUUGCGUCGUUUGGGAGCCCGGCUGAAUUUUGA